CUUUUGACGGCCUGCUAAGUACUUGCUGGUUUAUUGAACGAUUGGAGUUUAAUUUAUGUAGGAUUAUUUUGAAAUGAAAUUUAUGACAUUGUAGCAAUUAGUGUAGUAAUUUUAUUAUUUUGUUACUGUCGAUCUCCGUGUUAUAAUUUAAUAGUGGUUUGGUACUAAUUGUUAUUGACGUUAUGGCGGAACAGGUUAACACAUUAUGCGAUCAGCUUAUAAAAGCAGUUAAUGUUAUGAUGGAUAUGAAUUCCAGCCAACGGUAUCGUCUAGAGGCUCUUAAGUUUUGUGAAGAAUUUAAAGAAAAGUGUGCCAUCUGCAUUCCAUGUGGUCUGAAGCUGACUGACCAGUCCCAGCCUCCAAUUGUUCGUCAUUUUGGCCUUCAAGUACUUGAACAUUGUGUUAAGUUUCGAUGGAACACAAUGCAACAACGGGACAAAGUAUACUUGAAGAACAACAUCAUGGGAUUCGUCUCAAAGGGUACAAAAAACAUAUUGGAGGAGGAGAGCCAUAUUAAAGAUGUUGUAGCUCGCAUUAUGGUGGAAAUGAUUAAACGGGAGUGGCCACAGCACUGGCCUGAGAUGCUGAGGGAACUUGAGACCCUGUCGUUGCAAGGGGAAACUCAGUCUGAAAUUGUGCUGUUGAUCCUUCUUCGACUUGCAGAAGAUGUGGUUACAUUUCAAACUUUGCCCACACAGCGCCGUCGAGACAUCCAACAAAGUUUGACAUACAACAUGGAAAAAAUUUUUGCAUUUUUACAAAAUACCCUUCAGCAGAGUGUUAACAAAUACAGACGUCUGAAAGGAGAUGCUACACAGGAAGCCAAGGCUAAAGGACAUUGCCGUGUUGGCAUAGUGGCUCUGAAUACACUGGCCGGCUACAUGGAUUGGGUUGCCAUGUCGCACAUCACAGCUGAUAACUGCAAAUUACUUGAGAUGCUUUGUCUGCUCUUGAAUGAGCCUGAACUGCAGCUGGAGGCUGCAGAGUGUCUUCUCAUUGCGGUUAGCCGAAAAGGAAAGGUGGAUGAUCGAAAGCCACUGACUGUUCUUUUUGGAGAUGUUGCCAUGCAUUAUAUUUUAACGGCUGCGCAGUCUGCAGAUGAAGGAGGCCUCAUUGAAAGGAACUAUGUUUUCUUGAAGAGAUUAUGUCAGCUUUUGUGUGCUUUGGGUACACAGCUUUGCUCCCUUCUGGGUGCAGAUUCAGACAUAGAAACUCCAUCUAAUUUUGGGAAGUAUUUGGAAGCAUUUCUAGUGUUAACUACUCAUUCCAGUCAAGUUGGCUUUCCAUCCAAGUCAGAUAGCCCAUGCUGUGAAUAUUCCCGUAUGGACUUUGACAGUGAUGAAGACUUCAAUGCUUUCUUUAAUGCAUUCCGUGCUCAACAAGGGGAAGUGAUAAGGAUGGCAUGUAAACUGCUCCCAAUGACUGCUUUUGAGAUGGCUGCAGAACUGCUGAGGUCACAGUUGAGAUUGUCUAUUGAAGUUGGAUCCACGAACUCCAAAGCUGGAGAAGGACUGUGUUCCAUUUUUUCUCCUUCAUUUGUCCAGUGGGAUGCUAUGACGUUCUUUGCUGAAAGUGUUAUUAGUCAGAUGUUUCGAACCAUGGACAAAGAUAAAAUUCCAGUUAAUGCUGGCAUUGAGCUGUUGAAGUCUGUCCUUGAAUAUGACACUAGGGACCCUCUCAUCUUGUCAUGCCUUCUUACAAAUGUUUCAGCAUUAUUUCCAUUUGUAUCCUACGAGCCUGAUUACCUUCCUCGGGUCCUUUCUAAGCUUUUUUCUGCUGUUACAUUUGAAAUUGUUGAUGAGAGCAAGGCCCCCAGAACACGUGCAGUAAAGAAUGUCAGAAGACACGCCUGCUCCUCACUCAUCAAGCUGUGUAGAGACUACUCCCAUCUUGUGUUGCCUUGUUUUGAUAUGAUGUACUCCCAUGUUAAAGAGAUGCUGUCCAACGAGCUACUACUAACACAGAUGGAGAAGUGCGCUCUCAUGGAGGCCUUAGUUUUAGUCAGCAACCAGUUUAAGAAUUAUGAGCAGCAGCAGUCCUUCUUAAAGGAACUUAUGAUUCCAGUUUCUUCAUUGUGGCUCUCUGAUGAAAUGGAAAGUGCACUCUGGGACCCAGUGCAGUUUCUUUCAUUUAUUGGCGCAGACAAAGCACCUGCUGAUCCUACCCUUGAGGAUGGAUAUGGAUUGAACCGAUCAAGGAUAAGCUUUUGUGUAUACACCAUUCUGGGAGUUAUGAAAAGGGCUCGGUGGCCCAAUGAUCUGGAAGAGGCUAAGGCCGGAGGAUUUGUGGUCGGAUACACGCCUAAUGGCAGUCCGAUCUACCGCAACCCCUGCACCGAGCAGGUCCUGAAACUUCUCGACAACUUGCUCGCUCUCAUAAGGACCCAUAAUAACCUUUUCCUCCCAGAAAUGAUGGCCAAGUUGGAUGGAGCUUAUGCAAAAUCUUUGGAAAUGCUGGAAGUAGAGAAAAAUUCCAUCCUUGGUUUGCCUCAGCCUCUGUUGGAGCUUUAUGAUGCUCCUGUGUACAAGACUGUGCUAGAGAGAAUGCAGGGGUUUUUCUGUACAUUGUAUGACAACUGUUUCCAUAUCCUUGGGAAUGCAGGUCAUUCUCUGCAGAGAGAUUUUUAUGCCACUGACGGUCUGUCUGAGAAGCUGAUAAAUUCUGCUUUUGUGAACCUGGAAAACAUCCCUGAUUACAGACUUCGUCCCAUACUUCGAGUGUUUGUGAAGCCUCUGGUGCUGUCAUGUCCUCCUGAAUAUUAUGAAGAAGUCCUUUGCCCAAUAUUAGGACCACUGUUUUCAUUCUUGAAGGAGCGACAGAUUCAAAAGUGGCAGGUGAUAAACCAGAGGAGUCAGCUUUGUGUGGAAGAGGAAGGCCCUGAAGAAAACCCAGAAUCUCAAGAGAUGUUGGAAGAACAGCUGAUUCGACUUCUUACUCGUGAGAUAAUGGAUCUUAUCUCGGUUUGUUGUAUCCCAAAGAAAGGUAUUGAGCAUCACAAAGCGCACACAGAUGUGGAUGAUGAAGAAAUGAUGGCCACUGAUUCUGCCCAUACUCCGGCCAGUAAUGCUGCUCAUAGUGGAGGACCCUCACAUCCUGAUGAACUGUCUGAACUUGGAAAAUGUUUAAUGAAGAAUGAGGAGAUCUGCACUACUUUGCUUGUAAUUUGCUAUAGUGCCCUUUCUUGGAGAGACACAUUGACAUGUCAGAGAACUACCUCAGUGCUUUGUUGGCCACUUAUUAAACAGGUGGUGAAUAGUAACCUAACUUCAGAUGCUGUUACGUGGUUUUACACAAGUGUAUUGCAAGGGCUUCAGAUGCAUGGACAGCAUGAAGGUUGCAUGGCUGCUCUUGUCCAGCUAGCAUUUCAUGUUUAUGAAGCGUUCCGACCUAGGUAUCCAGAGCUGAAAACAGUUAUGGAACAAGUCCCAGAAAUUCAUAAGGAUUCACUGGAGCAAUUUGACUCAAAACUGGCAACUCCCUCUCAUCAGAAAAUGGCUGACAAACGGAAGAAGGACCAUUUUAAGCGGCUUAUUACAGGCUGCAUUGGUAAACCCUUGGGGGAACAAUUCCGGAAAGAGGUGCACAUCAAGAAUUUACCAUCCGUUUUCAAGUUCAAUCCAAAGCCAGUUGCUGAUUAUGAAGAUGUUUUGACUGGAGAAAAUGGAAGUAAUUUGACAAAUUUCUUUGGAGAAUCUGUAACAGAAGCUGAUUAAAUUGACUAAGAGUACAGAACUGUGGACUUUGCAUCUCAACAGCACCAUGAGGCUGCAACAUCCAUAUUUUAAACCUUACACAGCACAUUUAAAAAGUGAAUGGAAUCCAUAAUUUUUUUUUUAAAGUGUAACUUUAAGUAUUAAUUUAACCAUGUGCUGUAGGUGUUCAGUUUUAAAGGUAAUGCCAACCAGUGUGUUUUAACUUCAGAAGAGAGACCGUAAACUGAUGUGUGAACAGAUCUUGAAAGUCCUCUAACAUUCCAAGUUAUAUUUUUGUGAAGGUGGAAGGGCUAAACGUGUUCAAAAUUGUAUUGGGGGAAUCUCUACUCAUACCCUAGAUUGUAGACAUGUUUUAUGAUUACAUGCAGUACCUCCUGUAAAUUUCAAGACUCAAAACUUCAUUUGUAAAAAUGCUUAUUGCAUUGUAGAGCUGUUGAGUCUCAAGGCAUUAUUAAAUUUCCUGCUUUUUCUAAAAAUUUAAAACGUACAUCAGCUGUGGUUUUCAGUUUUCCUUUGUAGUUUAUAUCCCUGUUAAGUUAUGCAGGAUUGAGUUGAAUGACAGUUGACCAGCUCCAUAGAUCAGCAUUUUUUCCUGAGGUACUGAGAACUAUGGGCCAAUAAACUUCCAGCAGAUGCUUAUUAAUGAACUUGUCAGCAAGUGAUCACUUUUUCAUGCAAAAUAGAUGCAACGGUCUCACACUGGUUAAGAAGCACUCGGGGUGGGGGGGGUAGUAAAUGUUUUGCCAUUUGUUUGUAAUACAAUUGUUCUCAGUAGAACAAAAUUGUUUUUAAUGAAAAUUAUGCUUAGGAUAGGGAAGUACAACCUGCAGACUUGGAUAGCUGCCUAUAAACUUCACAAUAUGUUAAUAAUAAAUGUCAUAAACUUA